AUGGCUAAAGCUUAUAGAAAAGAAGAUUUUGAUUAUAUUAUGUCAAAGGUUGCUAAGGUUGAUCAAAGAGUUAAGGAAUAUCUGGAGGAUGCUGGAGAACUUCCAAUUUUAAGUUUCCUUGAAGAAGUUAGAAUUUUAUUUUCCGCCUGGAAUUGUAAGAACAACGAAAUUGCAUCUUACACCAAUACAACCCUCGGGAGAAGAUUUGAAGAAAUACUGACUCUUAAUGGGGUUAAAGCUCUACGGAUGACGGUUAAGCCUGUAGGUAGUUAUCUUUAUUGUGUAUAUGAAUCAGGACGGAGGUACAUUAUCGAUAUUGAGCGUGACACGUGCAACUGUGAUCGGUAUCAAAUUGAUGAAAUACCAUGUCCACACGAAAUUGCCAUAUUAAAAAGUAAAAAUGAGGAUGUAAAGGAUUAUGGUCGUUAUUACUCUGAAUUGUAUAGGCCAAACACCAUAGUCAAGAUAUAUGAACUACCGAUAGUUUUAAUGCCAGACAAGAAGGAUUGGAAUGUUCCAGUUUUUGUUGAUGAUGAAAAGUUUUGCCAACCAAAUAUAAAAGACCGACUGGUAGGCCAAAGAAAGGAAGAUAUUUGA